CUGUUUGAAGUGGCGGUAUGCGCAACUAAAGCGUAACCCGCCAAUAACUCAAUGAAGAAGAACAUCUGUUUGAAGUUUGAACGAAGUGUGCGUUUAUCCUCUCAGGACUGGCUGGCAAGAGUGCAUGAAUGGACACGAAGAUACUGUUGUUGUUCAGCCAUUCUUAAUUUACACGCCAUGUGGACAGAGCAGAAAAACCAGACUGACUUUACUUUGCACGGCACAAACACCACCUCGCAGGGUGUGCUGGAGCCUCCACCAUGGAUGUCAUCUACUGCCGAGCAGACUGCUGUGAUGUUCUGUUUUGUGUUUGAAGGCACGACAGUAGUCCCAUGGCAGUCCCACACGGAGCAGCCCCUGGAACCUGGCAGCGGCAUUAUACCCGGCAUGACUGCAUCAGCUCUCUUCAUAUGCUUUGUCUUGGCUGUCUAUGCGCUGCUGUGGAAAUGCAUGGUUUCUCCCCCCAGACGGAGGAACCAGAAGAGGCGGAAUAGGCCACUUGUCCGUGACCCGCGUCCCCUGCCUUGCUGACGAUAUGACCACUUCUCCCCCCUCUUCUCUGGGCCCUGUACUGCUGCAGUUAAUGUACUGUAUGACCUUUGACCUGGAGAGAGGGAGAGAGAGGGGGGGGGGGUCUGGGAAAGGGGGAGAGUCCAGGGCUAAAUGCUGGAAAAGCUGACUGUUACUACUCUGCAAACUGCUACAUUAAGUCCAAGAUAACUGUUGGCUAACCCAGACGUGCGUGCGUGCGUGCUUGUUUGUGUGCGUGUGCGCGUGCGUGCGUGCGUGCGUGCGUGCGUGCGUGUGUGUGUGUGUGUGUGAGUGACCAGAGAGAGAAAGACGAUGAGUGUGUAUUUUUAUUGUUUUUUUUUUCAGUGAGUGUGUGUGAGUGGGUCAUUGGUUAGACUCCAUGGCUAGGGGGCAGUUGCACUUUAUGCUUGUUUAGUUUUCCUGUAAGAAUGACCUGGCCGACCGCUCCAAUACAUCCUCCAUGCCAAUCCUCCCUGAGUCAGGAGACUCACUGGGUCAGAGUGCCUUAACUGUAGCAGACAGCAACCCACAGCAAAAUCCCACUUGAACUGAAAACUGGCAGGUUUUCCUGCAUGUGUUUUUAGUGAUAUUUUUUUAGGUCAGCACCUUCCCACUGUGUCUGGGUGCUCCAGAGUCAUCAUUGACUGGCUGAGCUGUUGCUGAUUUUAGCAGUUUUAAAUGAUCCCCAUCGGAGUAGGUAGGAGAGAGUUGGUUUAUGUAUGCUGUGCGCGUCACCUGUCUUCCUGAUCCAGAAUCGCACACAGCAAAUCUCACUGGAAUUUUGUCUGCUUCUUAACGCCAGUAAUUCGUCGUCAUACACUGUGACUGUGUGCACAACAUUAGCGACUGGCUGUUCAGUAUGACAGGCAUGAGACAUGGUUGCUCAUAUUUUAGUAUAUGUCAUCUCAGAGUAGGAGAACAUUUUAUUUAUUUGUGGCUUGUAGUGUUCAAACAGCUGUCUUAAUGGUCCAGUGAGCAACACACUGCAAAUCCCACUGAAACUUCGGUAGUUUUCUAACAGGUUCUGUCAAGAGAUAUUUUUUAAAGGUCAUCAGCACCAUACGCUGUCACUAUGUUCUGUUCUCUAGAUUCAUAAUGGUCAGGCAGGCACAAGUCAAAGCUCAAAAGCCUCUUCUACAAGGGCAUUUGCAACUUGCCCUGGGUCAACAUGGCCUACCCAGGAAAGUGACUAAACCCGCUUUGUAAAAAUACCCCACUGCUGACUGACUUGUUUUUCAGCUUCAGGUGUUGGACUAUCUCUCUCAGAAUAGCAGAUGGUUGGUUAAUGUUUGUAUGUCUGAAACAGAAGAAAACAAACAGAGCAGACCAAAAGCAGCAGCAGCAGCAGCAGCAGCAGCAGCAGCCACCCCAAACCACAAAAAAUAUGCUAUAGCAUAUUAUCACCACAGUGUGGCAGCAUUGAGCCAUAUUCAGGUCGAUACAACAAACACGAGUACAGAUUUGCGGUACGUGAGUAUUAAGGCUUGCUGAACUUCAGCCCUCGUCCAUAGUUCUUCUGUUCUUAUCAAUGACCAGGGAGGGAAACAGUCUCACAUGGACAUACACAUGCUGUGGAUCACGAUGAGGUACCUGUUAUCAAGAGUUCUUGACUAGUUUUCCGAGUCCUUUCUCAACCAAAUUGUCAUAAUUGUAAAGAAAAGAUGGAGAAGAUAUGGACUUAACAAACACCCGUUAGUGGAAACAACAUUAAAGCACAUACUUGGCCUAUUCCCAAGGAUGGUAGUAGCACUCUCUUGGGUAUUGAAAGCUAUUAGUGUAUCAUACUUCACUGAGAGUCCACGGCCCCCUCUGUUGCCUGCUUGGCCUAUUGUAUGGUCACGAUAAUCUUUAGUCCAGAAAGGGCCAUGACUAAUGUACUUUUUUUGCCUGGUGCACUCCCUGACCUGUGGAGUUGUUUUUUUUGUCACUUUAUCAGCUACUGAACCAUAUGUAAGAUUAGAUUUUUGUUGUUGUGUGUGUGUGUGUUCCUUGUGUGUGUUGUCUGUCUUUAUGUCUGUGGUUUCUUCUGAAUGUGCUGAUGUUUGCCUAAUGCAGAGCAAUGAAUCAAAAAACGAAAACAAAAAUGUCCUCUGUGAUUGAUAGGGCUAUGAUCGUGACUUCUUGUUCUAAAAGUGCAAUAAAGUACCCUUGUGUUUUUUAGAGAAAACA